AUGGUCCGGGUGUCACUCCAAGAGCUACAGCGGGUAGGCGGCCUGCCGUCUAUCCAUCUGAAGCUCACGCCGGUCUGGUCUGACUCAAAUGUCCAUCAGAAGUCACAACACAAUGGGCCGCCUACACCACCUGCUGGUAUUGCUAUCACCAUGCGACUCAAGCCACCACGGAGCCGUGUUGGUGCUGGCAUCCCAAUACUUACACUUCCGCUGAAGAUGGGUCCUACGCCGAGUGCUCGGUAUGAUGGGAACGCUCUCCGUGCCUACGAUAGCAAAGGUGAACUGUCACUGUCCUACACAGAUGAGGACCCUGAAUUCGGCCCGCGGACAUGGUUUGCCGACCGUGACCCCGUCGGCGAUGAGAUCUUCGUCGAGUUCUUUGCUCCGGCGCGGAAGACCGACAAGAAUACGGCACUAGGACCCCGAGUCGACCUACGCAGAGACCCGGGCGGCGGUCUUGUGGGUCAGGGCAUCGGCUUCAUACCUAGUCCUCCGCCUCCAGGCGAUACUGAGAAGGGUGGCCCUGGGGAGGGCACGAGCGGCAGUAUCGACCCAUGGGAGAUCACUGUUGAAUGGGACCUUGAUAAGACGCCAGAGGGCACGAAAGGGGCCUGGUCUUAUGGUGACUCCAUCUCGACAACCGUGGUGGAUAGUCCCGAGAGGGCUAUUGGCCAUGGCGUCUUCGCUUUAGGAGCACUGCAGAGAUAUCCGUCUUGGGAUGUGGACUUGUCAGCUGCACCGGAGCGAGUUUACGCUGUGUACUGGCUGGAUCCAGCACCGUGGGACAUGAUUUCGCUCUCCAAGCAGACCAAUGAGAUCUACCAGAGGAUAGCAACUUAUUUCAACUCUCUGGACCCAUUCCGAGUCUUCUUCAGACAGAUCGAGUACGGAGACGGCGGCACAGGGGCAACCUACAGCUUUGUGCUCGAGUACUCUGCGCCAACAGCGCCUCAGAUGACACCCCACGAGAUGGUCGAUCUGUUAGCACACGAGACAGUGCACGAAUAUGCGCUGAUGGAGCCGGAGACAGAAGAGGAGGCCUGGUACGUUGAGGGCGUCGCGAGCUACAUUGGGGCCCUGGCCGGCCUGCCGAGGCAGGACAUGAUCAAGAGUCUCAACAACUACGCGCAGGCAUACUACACGAGCCCGACUGUUGGCCUGGAUUAUCGAUAUGUACUUGAUCACUACUGGGACAACCUGCAUAUAACGAGGGUCCCAUACUUCCGAGGGCUUAUGUAUCUGGCUCAAGUGAAUGGAUGGAUCAUAGAGGCUACAGUUGGAGAGCACUCAGUGGAUGACAUCAUUAAAGGGUUAUAUCAACUCCGGCUGGAAGGCAAGCCAUGUGGAACGAAAGAUUUCAACAAGAUGCUCAGCAAGUAUAUCGGCGAGAAGAAAACAAAAGAAGCAUUUGACGCGAUGCUGAGGGGCGACCUAAUCAUUCCAGGCCAGGGCUGUUUUGCUGAUUAUGGGCUCAAGCUGGUCAGGCAUGACUUGGAGAAGUUCGAACUGGGAUUUGAUCCCAACUCUAUGCGCACGAGCAAGGUGAAAGGCCUGGUGAAGGGCUCGAAUGCCGAGAAGGUGGGCGUGAGAGAAGACGAUGAGAUUGUGAUAGGAUACCAGGUGUGGAGUGUGGCCGACGCCCUGGAGAACAAGAUGCAGCUCACUGUGAAGAGACCAUGGGGAGAGCAGACGCUGGAGUGGUGGCCACGAGGCGAAAAGGUUGAGGCGUACAUGUGGGUUGAGGCACAUCAAGAGUCAAUCAACGGGUUGUGA